AUGAAUCUAUUUGGCUCCGUUUUACCCAAAAAUACAAUAUUUUGUAUUGAUUGUUCCGGCAGCAUGUACUUGUGUUUGCCGACAAUAAAAGAACAUAUUAUCGCAUAUCUCAAAGUUCAUUUAUCCGACUCUACUGCAAAUUUAAUGUUCAAUCUAAUUGAAUUUCACAGUGAUAUUCGUCAAUGGGCUGAUAGACUUGUUUUCUGGAAUAAAAAUUCGAUUCUCGUUGCAGAAGAAUGGAUUCGCUCGCUAGUUGCUAAAACGUCCACAAACACAUUAACAGCAUUGUUAACAGCAUUAUCCGAGCAAAUGUGUGAACAAAUCAUUCUCAUCACAGAUGGUAUCCCCGAUCAAGAACCCUAUUUUAUUUUACAAACGCUACAAAAUCUAGGCAACUUAAAACCAUGUCAUAUUUUUUAUGUGAGUACGCCAAACUCGCAGAAUACAAGUGAAGAAGAAACCGUUGUUAAAUUUUUAACGGAUCUCGCAAAAAUAUCAUGUGGAUCCUUGACAAUUGCAAAUUUCUCCCAAACCGGCAUGUUAAAAAAUCUAGUGCCAAUAGUCACUUAUUAUCCGGCACUUCCUAAUAGCCUUAUAGAUAAUUCUGGUAUCAUAUUUUUAAACGAAAUCAACAAUAACCAGAUAAUAGAGAGCUCUGUAAUACAACCGUCACCACCACAGAUGAUGAUCUGGAAUAAUACAGAUACCACACCUGAAAAUAAAGAAAUUGAAAUUGCUCGUUCACCUGAAAUUGGAUCAUUGCUCAUUGGUCAAGAGGUAAUAGCAAGAAAAGCAACAGAUGGCUAUUAUUAUAGAGGAAAAAUUCUCAAUCAGUUGUCUACUCACCAGUUCAUGGUGGAAUUCGGACCUAAAAUGUCUGGUGCUUAUAAAGAAUCUGAUUUUCAAGAGACAACAUUACAUGAUAUUAUUCAUUAUCGUGACGCGUUAAUGCAUACUAUCAAACGUGGCGACUAUGUUUUAGGACCGAUAGUUGAUAGUCAAGGGAAAUAUGUACCUGGAGAAGUGCUGGACGGAUUUGAAAAACGUUCAUCAUGCGAAGAUGGAGAAGAAAAACUGUUAGUCAUACACUUUACUAAUGGAAAAACUGUCACAAUGAAACGAUCGAACGAAGCAAUAUGGAUACCAUCAUUACUAUACGAACGGAUUAAAUUUGAAUCAUCGAUGCCACCAAGUGCUCGACAAUUUUUAGAAAUUCAUUCUGUUUCUUAUCCAUCCAAGUUGCUUCCCGGUUAUCCAUCAAAGUCAUCCAGCAUACCAUUAGCCUACGAUACCUGGCCAUUUUUUGUACCAUUGAUAAAAUCGUAUUCAAAAUCAGUUGUUAACGAACAUAGUGUAAAUAGUCAUGAUUUGAAUAGUCUGGUACCUGAUCGAUUAAUGACAAAAGAUGAAUUAAAUCGAAAAGUGGAUCAGCAAAUUGAAAAACAUCGGAUGUUGUUAGAUAGAAAUCAACAGGAGAACAAACCUAUUUUGUCUAGCGCAAGAUAUCAAUCUAAUUGUUGCUCUCAUCCACCUCAACAUUCUCAUUCUUAUUCUGCAUCACCAACCUUCUCCUCCACAACAACAUCAACAAAAUCAAAAAAGAAAUCUGUUUGUUUUGAUGAAAAUUCUAUUAAUGGUCGAAAAUAUUCGGUCGAUGAUAUGUACAUUCGCUCUCAAUCACCAUCACUCAAGUCAUGUCUGAAAUCAUCUAAUUCAUCAUCAAAUAUUUUUAAUGAUACUGAGCAUCGACCACAUCAAAUACCAUUAUCAGAUUUGGUUCAAAAUUCUGCCACACAAACUUCUACAAUUCCAAAAGAACAUCACAAUAAUAAUGAAUCAAAACAGCCGUCGAAUAAAUUCCAUGAAACUAAACCUCCAGUACCAAUCGAACUAUGGAAACCUAGAACGAUCAAAUCGGCACCAAAUUCAUCUUCUUAUUCUCACCAGACACACAUAGCGAGUCGAAGACCAAAUAUGGGUCGUAUUUAUGAGCAAGCCCAACGAGAUGCCAAAGCCGAACUUCAUAAGCAACAGUGGGAACGUGAACAAUUUAAAAAACGUCAAGCGAAUGAUCAAGCUCAACUAAUUGCAAAUCGUCAACAACAAGAAAUAGAUAAAGCCGAACGAAUUCUAAAUGCAAAAAAAUAUCAUCGACAACAAGCAAUACAUAGUGAACAUCAAAGGACCCAAACAGUACAAAAUGAUGAGCAGAAUCGUUUGCGGCUUAAACAGUCUCAAUAUGCACAGAAAAGUUUCGAUUCAUAUCAACGACAAGUUGAUAAAGAACAAAAUGAUGCCGAAUUAUUACGUAAGCGUCAAACCAAUCAAAUGGCACACAAUCAAGCCUAUCACAGUUCCGUAUUAAUCAAUGAUUUCGAUCGAUUAUAUAAUGAUAAUCAAAAUCGAAAAGUGUACAAUAACCGCAUGCAAAAAGCGGCAAUAUUACGUGAUCGAGAACAAAAACGAAAUGAUUUUAUCAAAGAUGUUGAAAAACGACGUGUAGCAUGGACAAAUUCAUCGAUUAUAACUUAA